AAAAAAUUAAAUUCUCUUCAAAAUUAUUGCCAUUUUAAUACAUUAAAAAAUGGAGACUAAAAAUAUAGUGAUAAUUUUCGCGGUUAUUAUUGUCCUGGUUGUUAUUAUUAACAUUCUUCUCAUCACGUAUAUUAUAUUAGACUGCUAUUAUCGUGAACACGUGUAUGCAAAUGCAAUGCGUCCGGAUCCAGUCGUGCAACCAAAGGCCGUUCCAUACACAGCGAUUAACUGGGGCUCUAUAUUUUCUGACCUCGGAGUUCGUCCACCUCCUGAACAAUGACUCAACAAAUAAUACUUGCUGUAAUCGGCAUAUCAGUUAUUCUGUGCCUGACCGUUUUGAAUUUACUCUUCAUUUACUUUAUAAUCAACAAUCCGUACCGAAAGAAAAAAUCGACCACUACAACGCCCACGCCCACAACCACCAUCGAGACGGAACCAGAAGAAAUAGUGACUGAGCCUGGUGAAGGAGAGGGAGAGGGAGGCGAUGAAGCUGCAGCAGAACGCUAAAAAUUAUUUUCAGACCCAUCACCCCCGGUUCGGUGUUGCUUGGUCUUUCUUGUCAAAUUCGGAUCAGUGUCGCGCGGCGCUCAGCGGUGUCAACUUGUCGUGUGCAGCGCAAAUUCCCAGUGCCACAGAGUAGUCCAGUCCAGCAGCCUUCCCAGUGCAGACAGGAGCCUAGUUGGAUACCCGAACCGAUCCCCAGAUUGCAAGCCCGAUCCCGAUCCCGAUCCCGUAUAGCCGUUGAACUGAGGAAGCGCCAGCUGCCAAAGCGCGGAAGAAUGCCGACCAUAACCGAAGACUGCAUCGAUGGAUUCCAACAGUAUUACUCGCGGCCGCCGGAGAGACCGAAGAAGAAGUCCCUGAAGCAGAUGGUCUACGACUCGGAGGACAACUCCUACUUCGGCCGAUCCAUCGACAGUUGGGCCAAAAUCGGAAUUUUCUAUGUGGCCUUCUACGGAGUCCUCGCUGCCCUGGUGGCCAUCUGCAUGUGGGCCUUCUUCCAAACCCUCGACCCUCGCAUUCCCAAAUGGACCUUAGACCGCUCCCUGAUCGGCACCAAUCCAGGUUUGGGUUUCCGCCCCUUGCCGCCGGUCGACAACGUGGAAAGCACUUUGAUCUGGUACAAAGGGACUCAGCAUGAAAACUACAAACACUGGACAGACUCCCUAGAUGAUUUCCUGGCGGUUUACAAAGUACCCGGACUGACUCCCGGUCGUGGUCAGAACAUCUACAACUGCGACUACAACCAGCCACCGCCGAAGGGCCAGGUGUGCGACGUGGACAUAAAGUCGUGGUCUCCUUGCACCAAGGAAAACAACUACAGCUACCACAAGAGUGCGCCGUGCAUUUUCCUCAAGCUCAACAAAAUCUAUGGAUGGAUACCAGAGUACUACAACGAUUCGCGGGACCUGCCCGAAUCCAUGCCUUUGAGCUUGAAGACCUACAUCGGUGAGGUCGAGAAGACGCAGCCACACAAGCUAAACACUAUUUGGGUGUCGUGCGAGGGCGAGAAUCCAGCCGAUCAGGAAAACAUUGGAGCCGUCAACUACCUGCCAAUCAGGGGCUUCCCCGGUUACUUCUAUCCCUACCAGAACUCCGAGGGCUACUUGAGUCCCUUGGUGGCCGUACACUUCCAGCGCCCCAAACGCGGAAUCAUCAUCAACGUGGAGUGCAAGGCUUGGGCUCGCAACAUUUUGCACGAUCGCAAGGAGAGGAUCGGUUCGGUUCACUAUGAGCUCCUUAUCGAUUAAAGUGUAUCGAAAUAUUAUCUAUAACAUAAUGUAAAACAGAAUCUCCGAUGAGCAAGAAUCUCGGAACCAGAGGGGUGAGGACGUCGUUAAAUAUCGUCUAAGACAAUCCUACCAGAGGCAAACCACCAGAAGUUUGUUGUAGUAAAAAUUGUGAAAGGUUCAGAUUUCCGUUUGUAAUUUAAAAUUCAAAAUUAUUGAAUUGUAUUAUUUCAUGAAGUUAUUAAACAUACAAAUUAUAAUCAAGA